AACGUCAUUCAAUAUUAUGCAAUGUGAUUAAAAUGUAUUAAAUCGUUAAAAAAUUUCCUCAUUCGUUGGGUCUAUUCAAAUAAAUAAUAUAAGUAAUCACACUUUUAUUGCUAAGUUCCAUAAAGUAAAUUAAUUAAAAAUUGUGAUGUUGCGUCGAGUGAUAAUCAUAACACCAGCGCUGACGUUAGCCGCUGUUGGUGUAACGAAAGCUGCUGAAACUCCAAGUGCUGUAAAAGAAGCAAAUGAUGUGUCACAUUUAAAACGUAGACCAAGUGAAUUGCCGCUGUAUGCACCAUUGCAUUCAAGCAAUAAUUCAAAAACAGACGAAGAGCAACAAUCUAAUGCACGACGAGCUCUUGAAAGCGGUGUAAGGGUCGUACGAACUGAAAUACAGUCUGGGUAUAAUGUAGUUGCCGAUCAAAUGAAAGUUUUUGAUCAUUAUUAUGAAACAGCUAAAGCGCACAGUAUGUCAGCAAUCGAUUAUCUAAAUCAGCCACAUAACUCUUUACCACGAAGUGGUGCUAUAGCUAUUGGUGGUUUGGCCGGCUUUAUUUUUGCCGCGCGUGGCGGUUUUAUUAGAAAGGUUUUGUAUACAACAACUGGUGCCGGUGUUAUUGCUUCAAUAUGCUAUCCUCGUCAAGCUGAAGUUGCUGCACGUGAGAGUUUAUACGAAGCGAGGAAAGUAUACGCUAUUGCGUAUAAUUUUGUAAAGGGUGUAAAACCUGGCGAUGAAAUUUCUGUUGAUCCUGUUAAUAAAUUCCCUACAUCUUUAGAAGAAGUUAAAUUCCUUUUUUGGGACUUAUAUGACGAAGUAAAAGAAGUAGUGUGGAAAAAGAAGUAAACGAACGAUAUGCGAAUAAAAAGAAAAUAAAAUUAUAGAACAAUAGACCCAACAUGGAAUUUGACAAAAAAAAAAAA